CUGGGUUUUCGUAAGAGAUAACGUUUUAUCGCUGGCACUAAAAUGGCGACAGCUAUAGCAGUUAAACAGAAUGUUGGAAAUUGGUCGAAAAUGUUUCCUAAUGAGCUAGGAGUCGAACUUCAGUCCCUGGUUUUUAUAAAAAAGCUGUUUGCGGUUGCGGUAUCUUAUGUUUUGUAUUUCAGGGAUAUUUUUCCUGAAUCCGCUUUUCAUGACAAACAACUGGAAGGAAUCGAGCUAAAGAUUUUGAAAGAAAGCUCUAUCUUACCUGCCUCUUCAAAAAUAGUUUAUUGGCUUAAGGGUUGUUUCGAUGCCAUCGACCGUCAUUUUCUUAAAUCAGCGACCAUUGCGCUUUAUUUGUCGGACAAAGAUUUACAUCCCAGCAAAAUUUGUGAAUAUAACAUCAUUGAGUCCUAUUGUUUCAGACUUUCUUAUGGCCAGGAGAAGCUAUCACUUGAUUUAAAAACUGAAAACAAAAGAGAACCCAGCACUAUAUGCGAGAUCUCAAACUGCUCUGAAAUUGAAGUACGGAAUGCUACUUUGAAUCUACUCAAAAAUAUUCGAACUGCUGGAGAAAGAUUAUCCAAGUUACCAUCGGAACUAAUGAUAACGAUGAAACUGCAGUAUUAUGACGAAGUUACUCCAGAGAGUUACGUUCCUCCUGGAUUCAAGCAUGCAGAUAAUGUCAUUUUCAACUUUGAAGAAGAUAACAUUAAUAUACGGCUCGGUAAUGUGAAAACUGCUCACCACAGCAUCAAAAUGCACAUACAGACUAGUCGACGAUUAUUAGCCGGAUCUGUAAAAUCUACUAAAUCAACACAAGAAGAUGAGAGCAUCCAUGAACUUUCGUUAGGUUCUCUGGAUGCGAGUAAAGUGAAUGAAAACGAUGACCUCACUUUAUCAUUUCAACAACAAACACUAAGAUCUGAUGAAAAUGAAUUAGAAAGUUAUGAAGCUCGCUGCCCAUGUGGAGUAAAUAAGGACGAUGGCGUGAUGAUUUUAUGUGAUGGAUGUGAUAAAUGGCAGCAUGCUGUUUGCUUUCGAAUUCUACAAGAAGGAGACGUUCCUACAUCACAUGUUUGUGAGAUCUGCGCUAAAUUGAAGCCUGAACUUCUUCAAACCGGAGGAAUCACAGAUGAAACUAUUCAGAAUUUGGGUGUUGAAGCCAGAAAGGCCACUUGUCUCUUUCGACGUGUAUUAGCACUGUGUCUCAACGAAGAUUCAGUCUCACCCGCUUUUAUAGCUAGAAGUCUUGGAGUAGAGUAUACCGUGGCUCGUGGAUUAUUCAAUCGUUUAAUCAAGGAGCAAGUUAUUAAAGGAGCAGGACCGCGAAGAGGUGAAAAGCUUGUUGAAAAAGAAUAUCUAGAAAAUAUUGUGUGUCCACGUUUUUUCUCUUGCAUUAGUUUGCACGAUAAAACAUCAGUGGUUUCCCCUCAAAUGUUAACGUCUCAAAAAUCUACUACAAUUCGACGGACACCUGGGAAACGCGCUCACGGUGCAUCAAAGUCUGUAUCAGAAAAGGAAUACGAUGAGUUAUUCAAUCCCAGCCAAGAUUCUAGAGCAUCACCAACAAUUAGUAAACGAAGAAAAAUGGAUAUGGCGAACACACCCAUAAGCGUAUCCCGUCAAUGAAAAUGCAUUUCCCGAUGUUGUUUGUUAUUGAAUUGCGUUUAUAUUACAAUCAAAUUUUACGGAUAAAAAUAUAGAAUUUACAUAAUGUUCUACAAGCAAAUAUACAUUUAAUAUGAAGAAAUAUUUUUUUAAAGAUAACAAACACAAUUAUUUUCACUAGUUAGGCAUAAAAAUACGAAGUUAUUUUUCACGAGUUGACUAGCACAAGCUUUUCAGAAAACAGAGGUUAAUGCUCGGUAGAUAACGGAAUACAAUAAAUUCACUUAGGUAAUUCGGCGAAACUUUACAACUAAUUAAAAUACUACAAUUUGUGAACUGCAGCAGCUUUUGUUUGUCACAAAGUUUUUGUGCUUAUCAUAUCUCGGAUAGGUGUACCCAGAUUACGCUGCGAAAUGAGACCAAAUGAUCCAGGCUCAGUCAUUCACCUUAAUAAUUAUGUAAUUAUGUAAUAAUUCACUUGCCAAGUGCAAAGUUAUGCGCUCACCUUUGUGUCAGACUGCUUUUGUGAGAACUAGUGAUGCUACCUAGCAUCCAUGGCGAAGUAUUUAUUUAUUUAUUUGAACAC